AUGGCGAAAGUGGCAAGGGCGUGGUGGGUGCUGGUGCUCGCCAUGCUGGUUGUGGCAGCAUUGGCUGGUGGUGUUGCCGGUGCUGGGCAGGAGCAUGGUGGGGGUGGUGGUGGGGGUGGCAACAGUACAGGGACAAGUGGUGGUAGCCCUCUGGAUAAGUUCCUGCACACAUACUCGAUUGGAUCGCUCAAGGAGCGCGGGAGGAGAACCGUGGGCGGACGCACCGUGCGUCAAAUCACACUCGCCAUCAAUGACGAGAUGUAUGCGUUGGAGGUGCAGCCGGAUCACGCUGCGUUCCAGCACGGCAUCAGGUCGCGCGUGGUUGGACGGGAUGGUGUGCGGAAUCUGCACGUUGACACGAGUCGCCACGUCAUUGGGCAUGUUGUCGGCUAUCCACAAUCCAACGUGCUUCUCUACCUCAACGACGGCCAUGGCACGGGGCACGUGCAUUUGAAUGAGACGCACAAGUAUUACAUGGAGCCUGCGUUCAGGCACAUUGACGAAUACAACCAGGAUCGGUCCCGCAGGGCGGUGGUUGUGUACCGUGCAUCCGACCUCAAGCCAGAUGCACUCCCGCCGACAUUCUGUGGCCUCUCCCACGACCACGACCACGGCCACGCCCACCACCGCGACCACCGCGACCACCACGACAACCACGACAAUGAUCAUGAUAGCGUCCACCAGCCAUCAUCAUCGUCGUCAUCAUCGACCGGCAGCGGAAGCAACAGGCGUCGCUUCGCUGGCCCACGUCACCCGUCCGUGCAACGCGUGAGGCGAGAUGCUGCCCAGCCGGCAACCACCAACACGUGUCUCAUGCGGGCAGUUGGAGAUUCGGCGUUUGUAGCGCGACACGGCGGCGAUGCUGACGAGGCAACGCAGCAGAUGAUCUCGUUCAUCCGCGCCGCCGACAGCAGAUUCAGGGUGACGGACUGGGGCAACAACCUGACGCAUCUUGGGCUCGCUGUCGUCGACACGCUGGUUUAUGAGGACAGCAGCACGGACCCAUACGAGAGCUCCAAGUGGCAGACGGGAUCGACGCUCAUUGCCGACGACCUCCUGAUUGCGUUUGCAAAGGACAGCGACAACGGCGACUUCUGCCUCGCCCACCUCUUCACAAACUACGACUUUGACUUGGGUGUGCUCGGGCUGGCGAACGUCGGCACAUACGACAACGUGGGUGGUCUCUGCGCAACAGUUGAUGCUCAGGGGAACAGUCCAAACACGGGACUUACAACAGAGGUGAACUUUGGGACGCAGCAGCCGUUUCUUCUCCUGUCCCUCGUCACCACACACGAGGUCGGACACAACUGGGGCGCACAGCAUGAUGCCCAAGGCGACCCGGUCUGCAACCCACCGGAGGCGGACGGCGGGUCGUAUGUGAUGUUUGCGACCUCUGUUGACGGGAGCUCCCCCAACAACGACAAGUUCAGCCCGUGUUCCAUCGCGAACGUUCGCGUCGUCCUCGAAUCACCAAAGACAGACUGCUUCUCCAUGACGCCUGGUGGGGCGUGCGGCAACUACAUUGUUGAUGCAGCCGGUCUUGAUGGCAUGGCCGGAACAGACGACGACGAGGAGUGCGAUGCAGGGCCGCUCGGCGACAAUUGCUGCACCGCCGAGUGCAAAUUGGCGCCCGGUGUCACGUGCUCCGACGCGAAUGACGUGUGCUGCGACUCGUGCUCCUUCAACCCAAACAAGGUCUGCUUCCAGUCGUUUAUGACAGACAAGCAGUGCCGCGCAACCGCCCUCUGUGGCGACAACGGCAACACCAACUUCUCAACCUGCCCAGACACUGGGUACCAGCCGCUGGGAACCAUCUGCCUCAGUUUGGGCGAGUGCGUCGAAGCUGACGACGGGUGCAUGUUAUGCUGUAUCCACAACAGCAACGAGACGGCCACGCCAUAUUGUCCACGCGGGUACCGGUGGCAGUCGCUGUUCAACACGGAUGUGAUGAGCGACGAGUUGGCGUGCUUUCCAUCCACAGCGGCGGGGCAGAACGUCACCAACAGCACCGAUCGCGCAACCGCUCUCACGCCAUUCGCGCCAGCACAGAGCGAGGAGGCAGUGUGCACGCCUGCGUACGAGGUGCUGACGUCUCCAACAUACGAUUACGUGAUCAACGGCGACGAUGGUGAUGCUGAGGCGCCCACAGCAGUGAACCUGGUCAAGUCGCCCGGGUCAUUCUGCGACGGCGGACGAUGCAACACUAUGGGGACAUGCGAGCAGGACGACGCAUACAAGAACAUUGUCAACUUCUUCGAAAGUCUCACACCGGAGCAGCUGCUGUCGUGGGGGCGCUCCAACAUCAUUGCGACGUGCAUGAUCGCAACGCUGCUCAUCUGGAUUCCUGCCGGCCUCUGCAUCACAUUCUACGACAAGAAAAAUAUGGAGAAUUGA